UGACCACAGAGUGACGCGUAACGUGACUCACAGUCUCUGUGAAAUCACGAACUGCUCUGGUUUGCAGUCGUUUUCUCGAGUUUUUCGUUUAUAUUUGCAUUUUGCCAGAACAAAAACCGAAGAUGUCUUCCCGCAAAACUGCUGGUCGCCGCGCCACCACAAAGAAACGCGCUCAACGUGCCACUUCGAACGUCUUCGCGAUGUUCGACCAGGCGCAAAUAGCAGAAUUUAAAGAAGCUUUCAACAUGAUCGACCAGAAUCAUGACGGAUUUAUUGACAAGGAAGAUCUGCACGAUAUGCUUGCUUCCUUGGGUAAAAAUCCUACUGAUGAGUAUUUAGAGGCGAUGAUGAACGAAGCACCCGGACCUAUUAACUUCACAAUGUUUCUGACAUUGUUUGGAGAAAGAUUACAAGGAACCGAUCCUGAAGAUGUGAUCAAAAACGCGUUCGGUUGUUUCGAUGAGGAAAAUACCGGUCACAUAAACGAAGAGCGUCUCCGCGAGCUACUCACUACAAUGGGAGACAGAUUCACAGAUGACGAUGUAGAUGAAAUGUAUCGCGAGGCACCAAUCAAAGGCUCCAUGUUUGAUUACUUGGAGUUCACUCGAAUUCUGAAGCACGGUGCGAAGGACAAAGAUGAACAGUAGUGAGCGAAUUCAGACGAGAAAGCCGAUCGCAAUAUUUCCGCGCGAAAUCGUAGAUAGUAUAUUCGAAGUUGUUCGCGCGCUCCUCGCACUCUUUCGAUCCGGCGGAUGUUUUAUACGUACGAAACAUUACUAUUGUAAUAUUGUUUAUUAGUGUCAAUUAAUAAAACUAUUACUUGAAUAAGUAUCAUUUUUUAUGCAUAAAUUGCAGAGCAAUUUUGAUGAAAUGAGUAUAUCAGAAAAGUUGCUCUCUUUUGCAAAAAUAUAUACUUAAUCUGGUAUUCGAAAAGAAACAUCACUUGUACGAAUCAAAGAAAUAGUAGUAAUAUAUAUCUCUUAAAAAAGGUGCAAGGUGCGCUGUUUGAAAAAAUGAAAAUGUGUUUUUCGAAAAAUGUUUUUUGCUACGAUAAGAGUUUGAACGAUUGCUAUGUACAGUCGACGGCGAAAGUUUACACAUGUAAGAUAUUUAUAUGACAUAACGAUAUGAACAUGUAACACAUGUUGUAGAUUCAGCAUUUAUAUUUUAAUAUAAUAUAUCACAUUGCGUACACGAA